CCGGCCGGGCGUCGGCUCAGCCUCGGCCGUAAAACUUUGCUGGCGGCCGCUGCGGGCGUGGUGAUGGUGCUGGUGCUGGUGGUGCUGAUCCCGGUGCUGGUGAGCUCGGCGGGCACCGACGGCCGCUACGAGAUGCUGGGCACCUGCCGCAUGCUCUGCGAGCCCUACGGGGGCACCACGCCGGGGGGCGGCCCGAUCCCACCGCCCUCCACGCUGGUGCAAGGGCCGCAAGGCAAAGCGGGCAAACCGGGCAAACCGGGACCGCCGGGACCCCCCGGCGAACCGGGCCCGCCGGGCGCUGCGGGCCCGCCGGGGGUGCGGGGCGAAGCGGGCAAACCGGGGCCGCCCGGGCUGCCGGGUUUGGGGGGCACGGGGGCGGUGAGCACGGCCACCUACAGCACGGUGCCGCGCGUCGCCUUCUACGCCGGCCUGAAGAACCCGCACGAGGGCUACGAGAUCCUCAAGUUCGAUGAUGUGGUCACCAACCUGGGCAACAGCUACGAUGCCGCCUCGGGGAAGUUCACCUGUGUCAUCCCCGGCACUUAUUUCUUCACCUACCACGUCCUGAUGCGCGGCGGAGACGGCACCAGCAUGUGGGCUGACCUCUGCAAGAAUGGGCAGGUGCGGGCCAGCGCCAUCGCGCAGGAUGCGGACCAGAACUACGACUACGCCAGCAACAGCGUCAUCCUACACCUGGAUGCAGGUGAUGAGGUCUUCAUCAAGCUGGACGGGGGCAAAGCCCACGGCGGCAACAACAACAAAUACAGCACCUUCUCGGGCUUCAUCAUCUAUUCGGACUGAGCCUGGACCCAUGGCAUCGCCCCAUGGCAUCGCCCCAUGGCAUCGCCCCAUGGCAUUGCUCCACACCCACCCAGCCCCACAGCAUCCCCAUGUGCAGCCCUAUGGCCGGCUGUGGGGCCCAGGAUCCCCCUCCCCCAUCACCCGCUCACCCCAUUGCUGCUAAUCGGGGCGGGGGGAGCAGAAGGGCAGUCCCCUGGCUGCGACCCGCUCAGUGCCCGUGCGAUGUGGGUCUGUAUGGGGUACCUCGUGCCGGGGUUGUGCUGGGGGAGCUGCCUGGCCCCGGGUGACUCCAUGGUAAAGC